AAAGUUCUGAAAAGUUCCUCCCGACCAAAACGGCUCCAAAACGAUUUAUUACCGUUUUUUAAAUCAAUAUUGAUCAUGAAUUAAAUUUUUUAAACAAAACAAUAAUUCAGAAAAGGUGAUAAUGAGCAACACAUGGGUUAUUCGCAUUCGGAAUUCCCAGCCAAAUGAGGACCAGGAAAUGACCUUGUGUACUGAAUACCUGGAUUCCAGGAUUAGAAUUGUUAUUUUGCGAAAUAAUUGUCCGCCGGCUUUAGGAGAGGUAGGAACGUCCGAACUGUGGAACCUGGCUAAACACACAUUUCCAGAAUCAGAAGAAAAUUUUUACCAAGAAACGAAGAAUGUUCUUUCUGGCAAAGCCACAGAAAUUGAAUUCUCCCUGGAAAAGGAAAAUUUUGAAUGGAGGAAAGGAAUUUGGACCAGAGGUUUCAUCAAAGUGUGCCAAGUAAACGAAAUAAAUGUAUUUUCCAAUCUUAUCCAGAACUUUCUCCUAAAUGCAGCAAAUGGGAAAAUUGAUAACUCAGCAUUACAAGCAGAAAAUGAAGAACUAAAAAACAGUUUAGCUCUUUUAAAAGACACGCUAGAGGAAAUGAUUGAAAUAAAAAAUUCGAUGGAGAAAGAGUUGUAUUCACAAUUCAUCUUAAUAUUAAAUACGAAAAAGAAAAAAAUUAGGGAAUUACUAGAGGAAAUAAGGAUUCUAAAAAUUAAGAUAGAAACUCCAGUUUACUGUCAAUCCACUGAUACGGAAUUAUCAGACGAGGAAGGCGAGGAGACGAAAGCUUUGAAAGAAAAUAAGAUGAAAAUUACGGAAAUAGUUGGAGAUACAAAAAAGCCAGAUGUAAAGGGAAAAAAUAGUACGAGAUUGAAAGCCAAAAUUGGAAGUGGCAUUUUUCAAAAAUCUUCAAAUGUUAAUGCGGAGAUUUUUAAUCCGAAACCCUCAACUAGUAAACAAAGCGAAAUUUCAUGUGAAAGAAUAAUCUCCAGUCCACCUAGUUCUCCAGAAUCUCCUUUGGAUGAUAGAUUUGCCGAAAAUGUUGGGGAUGAUCCAAGUGACAUUAAUCGAGAAUCUGAAAUUAUUACGGCAGAUGAAAUUUUAAAUCCGCAAUCAUCGACUAGCAAACAAAGUGAGAAAAUCUUUAAUAAAAAAGUAAUUGAUAGUCCAGAAAUUUCGCGAAAAUCUUCUUCGGAGGAUAGAUAUUCCAAAAAUGUUGAAGCUGAUCCAAGUGAAAUUAAUCGAGAACCUGAAAUUGUUACGGCAGACGAAAUUUUAAACCCGCAACCAUCGACUAGCAAACAAAGUGAGAAAAUCUUAAAUAAAAAAGUAAUUGAUAGUCCAGAAAUUUCGAGAAAAUCUUCUUCGGAGGAUAGAUUCGAGGUCGGUGAUUAUGAAUUCGACGACAUUAUUAACGAGGUGAUAAAUGUUCAACCAGCGGCUAGUAAAAGGGAUCCGGGAUGUUUGAGUGAUGAGAUUUCCCCCAGGCCUGCGAAAAUUCCUCGGAAAACUUUAGAAUUUACGGAAAGUGAUGAUGAAGAUUUUGAAUUGAAAGACGAGGAAGAUUCAUUUGAAAAAGCAAAGAAUGAUUUAACGCGUCUUAAUAUUACGGAUGUGGAACCCGAGGACGAUUUAUUUUCGCAGUCUUUUUAGUUUCAUAAGUUAUUUGUACAUAGGGAUCGUUAUUUUUAAUGCUCUAAUAUUUUAUUUCUCUUUAGAUUUUUAUCUGGGAUGCUGAAAUUGGUGAACUUUUGCACUUUUUCUUAUUAUUCUUAUUUUUUCAAGACUGUUUUUGUCUUGAGACAGGAAUUUUGUCCUGUGAGCGAAUUAAAUUCAGAUAUUUUUGAUCUGACCUGACAAUAUUUUAGAGUUUUUUCAUCUAGUCUUUUUUUAUUGAUUAUAAUGUAAACGGGGGUCAAAAACUCAUGGAUUCCUGCUAGUGGAUAUUUAUUUAUAGAUAUUUUCUUUGGGAAAAUGCUGUUCUUACACAAAUACCUUGUACGUGAACUAUACCGAUUAUAUUUCACAUAUGCAAAAUAUAUUCUAAACAGAAUAUAUCCUCCACGGAAUUAAGUGGUAUUAUAUAUUUCUCUACACAAAACAUUUGAUUAUUUUUUUGACUGGGAAUUUUACAACAUUUUUAGAAAAAAAUG